AUGCCUGCAAACUCAGCUCCCAAGGCUAAGGCUCAAGCCGCCAAGAAGGCCGCCCUCAAGGGUGUCAACGGUAAGGCUGUUCGCAAGAUCCGUACCUCUACCCACUUCCAUAUCCCCAAGACUUUGGUUUUGAGCCGUGCUCCCAAGUACGCUCGCAAGUCUGUUGCUCAUGCUCCCCGUAUGGAUCAAUACCGUGUCAUUCGUCAACCUCUCAACACCGAGACUGCCAUGAAGAAGAUUGAGGAACACAACACCUUGACCUUCCUCGUUGACGUCAAGGCCAACAAGAACCAAAUCAAGGAUGCCGUCAAGCGUCUCUAUGAUGUUGAGGCUGCCAAGAUCAACACCCUCAUCAGACCCGAUGGUUAUAAGAAGGCUUUCGUCCGCCUCACCGCCGAUGUCGACGCUCUUGAUGUUGCUAACAAGAUUGGCUUCAUCUAA